ACAUUUAGAUUCAGUUAACAAUAAGAUCACUAAAACCGACAAGCAUAGGCAUCUAGCGUGCAUGUGCCUAAUGUUGAAUGUGUGUGUGUGCGUCUUUAAGCGUUUGAGUGUGUGAUUUCUGGUUUGACUGGUUUUUCUCUAAGAGGAAGUGAUAGCAAGUCUUGUAAACACUUUUUACAAGAGACAGAUCAGUAAAGCAGUUGUUUCUUUGCAAGGAUGAAGUUGGUUGGUGUGGCUCUGAUUUUUUGUGCAAUUACAGAUUUAAGAUCAGAGAUGUAUAAUGUUGUGGGACCUGCAGAACCUCUCUUUACUUUCCCUGGUGAAGAUGUGAUCCUGCCCUGUUCCAUCAAGCCCAACACCAGUGCUGUAAACAUGAGAGUGGAAUGGUUUAGACUUGACCUUCAAGACUCAACAGUGUAUCUCUAUGAAAAUGGUGAAAACAAAAUCAUGACGCAGGACCAGUACUUCAGAGGGAGAACAGCACUGUUCCAAGAAGAACUACAGAAUGGAAACGCAUCGCUCAAACUCUCAUCUGUCCAAGUCUCUGAUGAAGGAGUUUACAAGUGUUUUAUUGAGUCCAACUCCUGGUAUGAUGACAUCACUGUUAGUGUUGAUGUUGGAGCUGUAGGGACUCCUCCACUGAUCAUUGUAGAGGAGUUCGAUCAUUCAGGAGGGCUUCGUCUGCUGUGUGAAUGUGAAGGUUGGAACCCUAAACCUGAGCUUCAGUGGCUGGACAGUAAAGGAGAGAAUUUGGCUUCUGAUACUGAAGAGACACAUAAAGAUGCAAAGGGCUACAAGGUGAAACGCAGGAUCACUGUACAUGACAGUGAGACCAAGUAUCAGUGUAGAGUCAAACUGAGACAUCAUAUGGUGCAAACUGACAUUAUUGUCUCAAGUCAAAUGUUUCACAUUUGGAGAACAUCAGUCAUUUGGAUGUCAAUUACAGUUGUUCUCAGCAUCAUUACUGCAGUUGCAGUUGCUACUUUUGUUUACAUAAGAAGAGUUCGCUAUUUGAGGAGGAUUCAAAAAGAGUUCACAAAGAGAAGGAAAUAUGCAGCGGAUGUGACACUGGAUCCAGAUACAGCUCAUAAGUAUCUCAUCUUGUCUGAAGACGGGAAACAAGUGCGACGUGGAGAAAAAAAACAGAAUGUCCCAGAUAACCCUGAGAGGUUUGAUAAAUGUGGGAAUGUCCUGGGAAAGCAGGAAUUCUCCUCUGGAAGGUUUUACUUUGAAGUGCAGGUGAAGGGGAAGACUGAUUGGGAUAUAGGAGUGGCCAGAAAAUCCAUUACCAGAAAGGGGAAGAUCAUACUGAGUCCUCAGAAUGGUUACUGGACAGUGCGCUUGAGAAAUGGGAACCAGUAUAGUGCCUGUGCUGGACCCACUGUCUCUCUCUCCCUGAAAGUCAAGCCUCAGAAGGUGGGUGUGUUUGUGGAUUAUGAGGAAGGCUUGAUCUCUUUUUAUGAUGUGGAGUCCAGGUCUCAUAUCUACUCCUUCUCCGAUCAGUGGUUUACUGAGGAUCUCUAUCCGAUCUUAAACCCAUGUACAAACAUUAAAAACAAAUACUCUGCCCCACUGAUCAUCUCAUCUGUUAAUUUCAAUGAGUGAAUGAACUUACAAAUAAAUAUUAAAUUAAAAUAUUAAAUUUAUCAAAAACAUUGCAUUCAAGGUAUACUUUUUUCAGAUCUUGCGUUCACGUGGGAAUUUAACCCAAGUGAAUUUACUACAGCCUUUGCAAAGAAAAGAUAAGUAUAUGCAUUGUCUAGUAUGAUGUAGCAUGUGUUGUAGAUUGGAAAAAUUUAAAUCAGUUUUCAUUCAAUUUUAUUUUCAGCCAUUGCUUACAUCUUGUUUUUAACACUGCCUCUUAAAUGAUGAUAAAACUUUUUGUAAGCAUGUAGAGUGCAUACAAUUCACUGUGAUGUUUUUAAUCCCUAAACAAGUAAUAAGUAUAAUCUGUUGUGAAAAUGCUGUAAAACUUUAUAAACAAGCCAUGAUUAAAACAGUGAAUUUUUAAA